GUGCAGUGCAUGGUGCCCGGACGUACGUGAGACCCUCUCAAGUAGUAGCCUAAUGCUGCAUAAAGUUUUAGGAGAUAUGAGCUCCGGGCCUUAUGGCCUUGACGAAUAAAUUCAUCAGACCACAAGUCAUUUCCACCAGAGAGCUAGAGACAAGAAGCUUGGAACAUGGCAUGUCAUCUAUUCAAAGCUCGCUCACUUGGUGAAAAUCAGUCCAUGCUGAAAGUGGAGAGCUUUUCAGGAAGGGCACAUGAUCUUCUUUCGCUUGUUGAUGCUGCUGCCCUGAAAGUGACUGGGAACUUGAACCUGACCUUGUAUUCUCUCAAGGUCAUUCCACAUCAUCUGUAUCCUGUUUUAUUGGCAGCGAGUUUAGAAAGGGGUCUGGCUGUUUCUACCAAAGCUAUUGUUGGGGCCUGGCCAUUUGCUUCACUCAACUUUUCAACCCUUCAACACUUUUCAAAUUUACCCAGCAUCCGAGGGCCUAAUGAACAGCAUGACCAUCCUGCUCUAGCUGCAGCUAUUGCUAUAUCAGAGCAGAAAGAGAGCAGAAUUCAAGACAUUGACAUCACCUCACUCAACCUCAGUGACAGAACAAACAACUUGUUUUUGAAUACUCUACUGAAAGGUAGACAAGCUGCGACAAAAGACAUUGUGAAGAAACACAGGAGUGUAGCAUCUAAAGAGCACCGAGAACUGAGGAUCCUGAUGAAUUCAAGGGUUACUGGACAAGAGAUCAAAGCCUUCUUCAAGAAAAGUAAGCAGCUCCAAUCUGCCAAUAUACACGUCCGCAGCAAACGGCUCAGGAUAGACCUGUGUGGUACAGAUCUUGUGGAGAGGGUCUUGGAUUUGAUUGAAAAAGAGAGAACAACAGAGCUUAAUUUGAGCUACAAUAGCCUUAGAAAUGAGGGUCUCAAAAGGAUCUUGGACCUUAUUCAACAGUUCCCAGCACUCACCACAUUGUGUCUUAGGUUUAACACCCUGAACUUUACGAAUGAACAUGGUGACUCAGCAGUCAAGGAGCUAGCGUCUACUCUCCGUCGUCUUCCCCACCUCAGAUACCUCAAUUUAUCUGCAAAUCGUAUAACCCGGAAAUUAGCAGAUAUACUUAGCCCCAUGGAGCAGUCAUUGUCCCUCCUUGAUGCAACCUGCUGUAUGCUUUCUAAAGAGGACAUUGAGUAUCUCUCUGGAUCUCAUCAUACCCGAGGCCUGCAGCAUCUGCUCUUGAGAGAUAACUAUGACUUUGGGCGCAACUGGGAAGCAGCGGAGAGUCUUAUCAGGAAUGUAGCUAACAACCUGGUAGAGCUUGAUCUAGAACACUGCAACCUGAGCCGAAUUCAAGGUGUCGCUGCUCGACUGGCUGUUCUAGCACCAAGAUUCAAGUGCUUGAGGUCUCUGGAGAUACAACACAACUUUUGACAGCUAGGGAUCAGAUUAAUGUUGUUGUGGAAUUUGGGAAAUGUCCUACGAUGGACGUGCUCAGAUUGUCUUUCCCUAUAAAGGAAGAGGAUGUAUUUCUGCUUGAAGAUGAUGACGAAGGCAGAACUGAUCGAGAAUGGUUCGAGAAUGUUUGUAAGAAAAGAAAAGCUGAAGCUCAGCACCAUCAUCCUGGUGGUAAUACAUGUAAAUGUAAACUUUUAAUUGUCUAUGUAUAUCAAGAAGACUUGGUGUUCCAUUCAGCUGAAGACCAAUUUGUAUUUUCAAUUUGAUUAUACAAUAUAUGAAUAUUGUUGAACUUCCACCAGAGGGUUCUGUGCAUUCUGAAAUAUCUGCAAUUUCAUAAAGACAUGGUAAUAGCAGGGGGACGUUUCACAAAACUUGUCAUCAGCGACAAAUGACAGUUUGUGUUAUAAGCUACUGAAAUCCUUGCUUCUGAUUGGUUAUCAGCAGAUUUGUCACUGAUUUUUGUCAUUGAAAAAAGGCUUUGUGAAACGCCCCCCAGGAGUGUCAGGAGAGGAUUUGGAAUUCAUAAGAAGGUACUCCGGAAGUACUCCAGAAGAACCAGAAUCACUAAUCAACAUAUUUUGGUAGUUAUCAGAGGGUCAAGUGAUUUGCCAUAUUAUAGGUCAAUUUUAUUUUAACCCUAUUUAGCCCGGGCUAUUUUGAAACUGCAUAGCCCAGGGGGGGGGGGGGGGGCU